AAUGGGGUUAAUGCCUAGUUUUCCUUUUAUCUAUGAGCCAGUUUGUUUCGUCGAGGAGUCUUUCUUAGAUUUAAACGGAAAUUGGACAACAGAAUUUAUUCAUUAUCAAACUGUGAAUAUACCAAAUGACAAAGAAGUUUAUGAAAACGCCUUUAGGCACCCAAGAGAUUGGGAAGAGAAUGCCUGUGACUUAUAUCGAAAAAUUUUGCCAGAACGGCAAAGAAUUCAGAAUGCGCGUUUAAAGUUUCAUGAUUGCAGUGUUCAAGAAAUGAUACGAAAAUGGCCUCAAACGACCUUAGAUACUUUACUGGAUUUACGAUCUUUUUUUUUGUCCUUUGACGUAAAUGGGGAUUGUUUGAUUGACUUUAAAGAAUUUUGUAUGGUAUUAGACGAAUUAGGAGAUCGUACCCCGCUAUGUUCAAGAAAGUCUUUUUUUAAGCAGAAAGACUCAGAUAAGUCCGGUGCUCUUGACUUCGAAGAAUUUUUAGAAUUAUUUUCAAGGUUCAUGGAAGUUCCAUCCACUUCAAUAACAAAUAAUAAGAAGUUAACCCUUUUAAAAAGUCAUGGUCUCCUUUCGGAAGACUCUAAUUCAGAUUUACACACUUUUUCUGACAUCAGUGAUCCUCGGCAAGAUGUUAAUGUAACAUAUAGUAAAUUAGAGGCCCAAACGACCAUUGACUUGGAAAAAUUGUGCGAGAAAGCCCGUGAUGCUGCUCGUAUCCUACGGCAGCUGAACGUAAAGCAGCAAAUAAUUCAUGGCUUAUUCUAA